AUGCUUAAUAUACGAGGUUUUCUUGGGUCAGAGAAAAAAGAUGGGCCUUAUUUAAGAAACCCAUCUCGUAUGGCCGGGGGACGUGUAAAUAAUCCAUCUAUACUUAUACGUGAGAUUACUGUAGAUGACUCAAAAAAUGUUUGUAAAUUAUUAUUCGAUCAUUUUCGUUCUUUAACAAUACCGGCAAUAGUAUAUUGGAUGGUUCAACAUAUUCAUGACAUAAUUGCAAUUGUGGUUAUAAAUUCAUUUUUGCUCCCAUUUCGUAAUUUGGUAUACUUCUGUUUGCUUUUUUUAGUUUAUUUAUUUGUUAGAGCGAGAUAUGAAAUAGAAAAUCAUAUUAAACAUUGUUGUCCAGAUCUGGUCGACGUUUAUAAAACAUACCGUACUACAAAGGCUUCUAAUUUUUGGGUUGCCUAUUUCACUGAUAAAAUUGCAAAUACACCAUCUAUUGGAUCGCAGACAUCCUCAAUAACUCCAUCUGGGCAGGUGUCAAUUCAAAGUAUGCCAUCCAUAUCACCAGGGGAUGUACGGUCAACAAAUAUCGCUGAACAGACCCUUACACCUACUCAUUCAAUCUCCGAAAAUUCAUCUCCCAACGGAAAUAAGGUUCCGAAAGAUGACAUAAUAAUAGACAAAAAAUGCAAAAACAAUGAAAUUCUAGGGUGUAUAGGAAUUACACCUUAUAGGAAUAGAUCUAACAUAGCACAAAUGGUUAGGUUGGUCGUUAGCAAAAAAUGCAGAAAUAUGAAAGUUGGUACUAGGUUACUUAACCACUUGGAGCAACAUGCUCUUGACUCAGGAUACACUGAAAUCAGGGUUUUCACAAACAAUUUGAACACAGCAUAUUUGCACUUCCUUAAGCAGAAUGGAUUCGAAAUCAUUCAGAUUGUAAGGAGAGGAUUAAUGAGAGGUGAUUUAAUUAUAUGGAACAAGGUUCUCAAACAAAGUGACUAUCUUAUCACAGAUGGAAAUUCUACAAAGGUAGGAGAUGCCUGUUUUAUACCGGAAUAAUAUUCGGAAGUCCUUGAGAUUCGAAUCGAUGUUCACCCGUACACUUUGGAAUUGUGCGAAGUGCUUAUCGCAAUACCUCUAUUACCUCUAGUUAUUCAUAGUUAAUAAAUUUUUGAUACAUA